AUUGUGGGAUUUCCGCGUUAAAAUGCCCAUCAUGACGCCCCGGCAGUCUUUCCUUCCUUUUCCGCGCAAGGCCGAUCCGAAAUGUCCAAGAGAGGACGUGGUGGCUCCUCUGGAGCGAAAUUCCGCAUUUCCCUGGGUCUCCCAGUGGGUGCAGUUAUAAACUGUGCUGACAACACAGGUGCCAAGAAUCUGUACAUCAUCUCUGUGAAAGGCAUCAAGGGUCGCCUGAACAGGUUGCCUGCUGCCGGAGUUGGGGACAUGGUCAUGGCUACAGUCAAGAAAGGCAAGCCUGAACUCAGGAAAAAGGUGCAUCCAGCAGUAGUGGUACGGCAGAGGAAGUCGUAUCGAAGAAAAGACGGAGUAUUUCUUUAUUUUGAAGACAACGCUGGAGUCAUUGUGAAUAAUAAAGGGGAGAUGAAAGGCUCAGCUAUCACUGGACCUGUGGCAAAGGAGUGUGCAGAUCUGUGGCCCAGGAUUGCCUCCAAUGCUGGCAGUAUUGCAUGAGCUCUCCACCCUCACCAUGUGUUUAAAAUAAAGUACAAUAAACAAGCA